GGUCAUUUAGAAGCUUGCACAGAAAGUCAUCAAUUGAUACUGAAUAGUUUAGACUGCAUAUUUCUAAUUCUAAUUAUCAAUGUCAAUGGAUCUCUUGGAAUUGGAGGGGAUUUUUUAAGAAGCUAGUACCUAUGGAUUUUUAGAAAACAACAUCUUUAGAAGUAUGGUUUAGAAGUAAAUAGAAGCACAACUAGAAAUUUUAAAAAGCCAAAAUAGGCUAGAGAGAAUUUGGUUUAAGAUACAAGGCAUAGGUUUACCUAUUUACUUAUAGAUUUAUCUAUUUACCUGGAAAACAUCCAGGAACAUUUGAUAAUGUUUUAUUCCAUGUCAUUCAAGUAGAUUUUCCUUGAAAACAGAUCAGGCAAACAUAGGAUGAUACAUACCAAACCUCUUUUUACUGGCCAUUGCACCUCACAUAGGACCAUCCAAGGAUCAAUCAUUGUAGUGCUACAAGUUUAAGCAUGUCUAAGCAUACAGGAAUUUUGCUCACAAGAUUUUUGCUCCUGACCAUGUCUCUGCAUAGUCCAGUCGGGAAACAUCUUCAAUAUGGUAAGAGUGCUAAUUAAAGUACCAUAAAAUCAGACUUUGUCAAAUAUUUGUAAUUGAUAAAAGAAAGAAUUGUAUCUAUGAUACCUGGUGGUAUUGUGCUCAGGAGAACACUGUAAAAAAGAACACCACUGCUACAAAGUGAUGAUAAUUAUGGGGGUUGUGUUAGUAAUGAGGAGAAAAAUUAAAGAAAGUUUAAUCUUGGUAAGCUUUAGCAGUGCAUGGAGUUGUCGCAGUGUUACAUAGGUGACUGUGUCUCAACAAAGACACAUCAGUGACAAAGAGCUCCACAGUCUCUAAAAUUAUAUCUACACCUCCCUCCUUCAGAAAAAUUACCAAAUUAUCCUUUGUCCCAAAGGGAGAGCAACAGCAAAUUUAGCAAGGUCUUCUACAGGUGAAACUCACAUGGUGCUGGGCCAGCUGAGCCCAAGAUAUGAUACAGCUAGAACCCAGAUGAUAUCUGCAAGCUCCUCAUUGCAGGGCUCCUUUCUGCAAGUAGCCUGUUGUGAGGCUCAGGACUUCAAGAAGCCUUCCAGUCUGUGUGACAGUGACAAUUCACUAGUUAGGUUAUAGGAUAAUUGAUACUCCAAAUUAUUUAACAUUGAUGCAAGUUAUUUUUAUUAUUUGGGUGUAUCUUUGCAAAGGAGAAACUGUGCCUUUACAAGGCUCCAGAUAUUAUUUAUUCACAGAAUUGUAGAAUAUCUGAGUUGGAAGAAACUCACACAAGGACUAUUGAAGUCCACAUCCUGGCUCUGAACACCCCAAAAAUCACACCCUGUGCCUGAGAGCAUUGUCCAAACACGCCUUGAGCUCUGUCAGGCUUGGUGAUAUGACCACUGCCCUUGGGAGCCUGUUCCAGUGCCCAACCACCCCGAGUUUCCAGGACUCAAUUCAGUUGCCUAAAAUUCAGCAUUUAGUCACAUUUGAGACACUGUGGGCUUUCCAGACAUGUACACAGGGUUGGCAAAUCUCCGUCUUUAGAAGACUGAUGGCCUUCUGCACCAGACCAAAAACACCUCAAGACAUUUUAAAUAUCAUUAUACCCUUAGCUAUAGGCCAUGAAACCACACUCAGUGCUGUAUGAAUGCUCAGCCAGUCCAAAGCUAAUGAGAUAGGAUCAGAUCCUGAAAUGAGAAAACAUCGCUAAGGGACUCCUGAGCAGAACAGAUACUUCAUUAUUGGGGAAUGGACUGGAAUUCAUGUCUGACCCGGAAGCCUCCUGAGGUGUGUGGAAUGAAACUGUUCAACUUCAUGUGGACAACUGAAUCAGCCUAAAUCUAUGUGAGCUGAGUGCCACUGUGUUUCACAUGCACACAUCAGUUCUCUGUGAAUGCUACUGAGAGAACACAAAGAGCCUGUCUUCACACCACAGCAGGUGACGCAAACUCUUACUAACAUUUCUGCUGUAAGGUUUAUCCUUAGGGAGGGUUUCUGUCUCUGUCGUGGUUACAGAUGUCAAACACCCUUAAGAGGAAAAACGCAACCCACAUCCUCUUCAUUUAUGUAUUUAUAUAGAUAGAUUCGUAGAGGUAUAUUAAACAGUGAAUAAGGAGAAACAUCAGACAGAAAUCAUGGGUGCAUUCCUCACUUGGUACACCUUUGCUGUUUUCAUUCUGGUAAUUCAUGGAGGUUUCUGUGCAGAUAUCAUUGGAGGAAAAGAAGUAAAACCACACUCCAGACCAUUUAUGGCCCAAAUCAAGGGACCAAGAGGAGUUUCUUGUGGAGGAGCUUUAAUCAAGGAAAACUGGGUGUUAACAGCUGCACAUUGCAAAGUGGAAAAAAGCAAAGUUAUUCUUGGAGCCCAUUCAUUGAAAAAAAGUGAAAAAGAACAGCAGACUUUUCAAAUUGCAAAAUGCAUUCCUUAUCCAUGCUACAACCCCAGUACCAAGGAAAAUGACAUUAUGCUGCUGCAGCUUAAGGGAAGAGCAAAAUUUAAUAAAGCUGUGCAACCAAUCCCCCUGCCUACCUCAGAUGAUGAUCCCAAACCAGGAACAGUGUGCUCAGUAGCAGGAUGGGGUACAACUACCAGUUAUCCAUACACGUUGCCUACUGCCCUGAUGGAAGUCAAUAUCACUGUCAUCAGGAGGGACAUCUGCAACAAUAAAAAUCAUUAUAAUGGCAAACCUGUCAUAACAGAGAACAUGAUAUGUGCAGGGGCUACAAAUGGAAAAAAGGACUCAUGUUAUGGGGACUCUGGUGGACCUUUGAGAUGUAACAAUGUGAUGAGAGGCAUCACUUCGUUUGGGAAGCCGAAGAGCUGUGGCAAGGCUGAUGGCCCAGGUGUCUACACUCGACUCACAAAGCGAUACCUUGAGUGGAUAAGGAAAACCAUAGGGGGGGCCUAAUGGAUUGGGUUUGGGCCAUGUGAUUUCUGAAAAUGAAAUGGGCUUUUGGAAACAGCUUCAUCAGUGUGGUAAAAGAGGUAUUCUCACACUGAGUUUUGGCAGCUUGAUGUAGUUAUGCUAGGACAGCAUUUGUAGCUUAUGUUGUUAGCCAUGGAGUCAUUGGGGAUAUUUGGGACUGAGAAUUCCAACAUCCCUGUAGUUCACACUGAGCUCUACAUGCAUCGGUAUUUCAGAUCAAGAACCCAAUCCUUUUUUGGGCCCUCACUUCAUGUUGAGUAUAUACAGCUCUCUUCUGUACGUGGACUUCUGCAAAAACCCUGGAAGUUGGUGGAAUGCUAGGUACAAGCACAGACACCUAAAAAACUUAGUUUCUCUGCAGCAAAGCUCAUGGUUUUAUAGGUGUAGUGGACUGCUAAGCUUCAGAAAAGUACAUUUCAGCAACUGUGGGACAUAAGUAUUAAUUUUCUAACUGUCGUGUAUUUGAAACCUCUAGAUUUUAUUCCUUUAUGUACUUCGCAAUUAAUAAAGAAAUGGCAGAAAUU